AUGACCGGUGUAGCCAUUAUCGGCAGUGGCAUCUUUGCGAAAGAGCAGCACUUACCUGCUGUGCAAGCGGCCACCAACUUUGAGCUCAAGGCCAUCUAUUCUCGCUCAUUGAAAUCAGCCCAGGAUCUGGCCAGCGGCACAUCGGGGGUCGACCUCUACUCUGAAGACUCGGGCUCUGGCAAGUCCUAUACCGAUAUUUUGGCUCGUUCAGAUAUCGGCGCCGUGAUCAUUGCUCUUCCCAUCCUGGUCCAGCCAGACUUUAUUCGGAAAGCACUGCUCGCUGGAAAGCAUGUUCUGUCCGAAAAGCCUAUCGCCAAGGAUGUCUUCUGGGCCGUCGCUGAGAACUUCCGGUACCUCACCAAGUUCCUCUUCGCAGCAGAGCAAGUCCAGAAGCUGGGCAAAGUCCAGAACUUCCGGGUGAACGUCCACAGCUUGAUGGAUACCGAGAACAAGUACUUCCAUACCGCUUGGCGCAAGACCCCUGAGCACCAAGGUGGAUUUUUAUUGGAUGGUGGUGUGCAUAUGACUGCUGGUCUGCGUCUGAUGCUAGGUCCCACGGAGCGUCUCAGCGUUCUGUCGGCUUAUUCGCAACAGCAGCAAUCAUUCCUGCCACCGGUUGACACAGUAGAUGCCGUCGCUAAGACUGAAUCUGGUGCUACGGGUGUUAUCUCCCUAUCCUGGGGAUCGUUGCUUAAUGAUCAGAUCUUCGAGGUUGCUUGCGAGAAAGGUGUUGUCACCUUGAACUUCGAUGAUGUGAUCGUCAAUGGUGAGAAGCACCACAUUAAGUUUGAUGGUAAAGGCGUUGUACCCGAGGUGGCGGAGUUUGCGGACUCCAUCGUAAGUGGAAAACCUAGCAGCAGACAAUCACCCGAGGAAGCGUUGGCGGAUCUGGAGAUCUUGGAGCAGAUGUUGCGAAGUGGCGAAAAAGAUGGAGAGAAAUGUGGGUCUCCCACUCUGCUGCGGGAGAACCUGAGAGAGAAGUUUUCGAGAUUGAACUCCGACUCGACAACUCUCGAACGCCCGGCGAGACCCAGCAAUACCGACAAGAUGGUCGCCGCUAAGAAGCACAUCCCUAUCGUGAAGAAGCGCACCAACCGCUUCAACCGUCACCAAAGUGAUCGGUUCAUGCGUGUCGGUUCCUCUUGGCGCAAGCCGAAGGGAAUUGAUAACUGCGUUCGUCGCCGUUUCAAGGGCCAGAUGGCCAUGCCCUCCAUUGGUUACGGUUCCAACAAGAAGACCCGCCACAUGAUGCCCUCCGGCCACAAGGCUUUCCUCGUCCACAACACCAAGGAUGUCGAGCUCCUCCUUAUGCACAACCGCACCUUCGCUGCUGAGAUCGGCCACGCCGUUUCUUCCCGCAAGCGUGUUGAGAUUGUCGAGAAGGCCAAGGCUCUCGGUGUCAAGGUCACUAACCCCAAGGGCCGUGUCACCACCGAGGCUUAAAUGGAAUAAACCCAGUUUGUUUCCUUUUUGUUGGGAUUGGUGCACGAGGUCAGGGUUUUUGUAUGGCGAUACUAUCUCUCUGGCGA